AUGAGUGUCAAAUUUGAAUGUAACGGCGUAGAUAAUAUUGCUAAUCAAUUACUUUCUGGAAGAUUGGCUAUUGCCGCCUUAAAUUUGGGUGGAACUAAAUAUGCUAAUUCCAAGUUGGCAGUUGAUCAUACAGGAAAAAGUAACACACCAAUUUUAGCAUAUCAACUUCAACAACGUGCCUUAUUGCCUCUCCUAGCUACGACCAUUGCUUUGAAUAUUGGACUUAAUUAUUGUAAAGUUCGAUGGGCAGAAGGAGCUUUGUUGUAUGAUAAAACCUUGGUUACAUGGAAUUUUGAGCGUGUUGCUACUACAUGUAAAGAAAGAUGUGGUGGUCAAGGGUAUUUAAGUAUUAAUCGACUUGGUAGUUUCAUUGGAUUCUCUCAUGCUGGUAUGACAGCUGAGGGUGAUAAUAGCGUUUUGAUGCAAAAAGUUGCUAAGGAACUAUUAGCCGACGUCCAAUCUGGUUUUCUCACUUUGCCACGCAUCCCUGAUGAUAUAAGAAGUUUAGAUAAUCAAUUAAAGUUAUUUAACUUAAGGGAACAAGCAUUAAUCAAAGAAGAAAUAUUAUUUAAAUAA